CUCAGAUAAAUACGUGUCUGUAUCUUUAGGGGGUAUAUAACGGGUGUUGAAUACUGUUCUGAGUGAUGUUUCCUGAAAGUAGAAGAAAGAUCACACGGAGAGUCAUGGAUCCAAGGCUGCUCCUAAUUCUCCUCGCAAACUCUCUGUGUCAAAGGGAGGGAACAUUUGCAGUCCACCUCACUGGUCAACAGCAGGUUGCAGCUGAAAUACAGAAAGAUGAGGAGUACUUGGAAGCAGGUGUUGACCGACUCGGAGGGACGUCGACCUCGGAACAACACGCGUCCUUCACGUCAACAAAGCCGAAGUCAGUCACACUCGGUCAACUGUACAGGGCGAAACUAUUUUCAGGAACACCAACUGUUGAUGAUAGCGGCUGUCCCAAAUCUGUCGCGUGUAAUGCCAACGACAUGUUCCGGUCAGCGAAUGGCAGCUGUAACAACCUUGAAAACCCUGACUGGGGACAAAGCUUCAUCGCCUUGAGAAGGUUCCUUCCACCACAGUAUGCCGAUGGUAUAUCUUUACCACGAACAACCGGAAGUGACGGAACCCCACUUGUAAGUCCUCGUCUGGUGAGCACCACUCUGCAUACUGCUGACGUCGACGCCACGUCACAGAGUGACGUCACACACAUGGUCAUGCAGUGGGCUCAGUUUCUGGAUCAUGAUUUCGCUAGCACUGCAGUGGAACGAGGUCCAGAUGGAGCCACCAUCAUCUGCUGUGAAGAUGACGUCCCUGAAGGAAUCCCUCUUAGCAGCCUCAACCUCACUGACAGACGCCAAUGUUUUCCGAUUCCAGUUCCAACAGGAGAUCGCAGGUUCAACCGCACCUGCCUCAACUUUGUCCGCUCAGUACAGAUUGCCAACGCAAGCUGUAACUUAGCCCCAGGAGAGCAGCUGAACCAGCUGACAGCCUAUGUGGAUGCAUCCCAGGUGUAUGGCUCCACACAGGAGGAACAGGACGAACUCAGGGCUCACACGGGAGGAUUGCUAAGAACAUCCUUUAUGAAGCCAGAACUGUUGCCUAGAAACCCUGUUUUGGAUUGCAUCACAUUCACUGAACCCAACUUUUGUUUCAGGGCAGGUGACGAGAGAGUGGACGAGCACAUGUCUCUGACAAGUAUGCACACCAUCUGGCUGCGGGAACACAACAGAGUGGCCAGGAGGCUUGCACAUAUCAACCCACACUGGGAUGAUGAGCGUCUGUUCCAGGAAACCAGGAGGAUUCUGGGAGCCAUGAUACAGCACAUCUCCUACGCCGACUUCCUUCCCCUCGUCCUCUCAACCAAGUUUCUCAUCAAGUUUGGGCUCCGACCAUCGACUGGUCCUGUUAAUAUAUACAAUGUCAGUAUUGAUGCCAGUGUUCGCAAUGCCUUUGCUACAGCUGCCUACCGCUUCGGCCACUCUAUGAUAAGAUCCUUCUUUAGUCGUCCAAACAGGAGGUUUAGGGGUGGAGAAGAUCUCCGACUUAGAGACUCAUUUGGAAACACAUCCAUUAUUCUUUCAUCCGCUGGUGAUGCUGUAAACGAACUAACAAGAGGGCUGCUGGUUGAUAGGGCCAAUUCUGUGGACAGACACAUCACCCCUGAAGUUACAGACUUCCUCUUCCCAGAUGCUGAAGGUAACAGUCUCGAUCUGAUGUCUUUAAACAUUCAACGUGGCCGCGACCAUGGCCUACCAGGGUACAAUGCUUGGCGGAGGUGGUGUGGACUCCCAGAAGCUGAAAACUUCUCAACCAGCCCUGGAGGUCUUGUGGAUCAUCCGAACGAUGCUGCGGCUUCUCUACAAGUGUUGUACAGAUCUCCUGAUGACAUUGAUCUGUUCUCUGGAGGCGUGUCAGAACGUCCAGUUGAUGGGGGACUAUUAGGGAACACUUUCUCUUGUAUUGUCGCCCGUCAAUUCGAGCUCUUGAAGAUCGGUGACAGAUUCUGGUAUGAGACGGAUGAUGCGGAUGUCGGGUUUACCCAAAAACAGCUCGCUGAAAUCCGUCAAACGUCUCUCUCUCGCGUGGUCUGCGACAACACCGACACCAACAGGAUCCAGCCUGACGCCUUCAGGAACGCUGGACCAGGGAACCGGAUCAGAUUUUGCAAUCGGCUGCCAAAAGUGGAUCUGUGGGAGUGGCAAGACUCAGAGGGCAUGUGUGGGCCGGGGUGUGCGUUUCGGCAGUGGGGAUCCUGGGGUCCUUGUGUGAUGGGGUGUCGCUUCAGAAGUCGGGUGCGCAACUGUAGGACGUGCAGCCAUGGGAGCCUCUUCCAGUCACGAAGGUGUGGCUUGCAUGUCAGGAAUAGAUACACACGUAGUUGUAACCGCCUGUAUUGGUACCUGAGGCUCUGGUAUGAAACAUGAUCUCUUAUCAAUCUAAUCAUGUCUCGCAGCGAAAUAAAGAAACUAUUUCAUAA